UGUGUCCAUCGACUGCAUUUAAAAAGGAGACACUUGGUCUUAUGUGCUAUGAAUUCCACGACGACCAGCGGACAACGUUCCAAAAUGCUAAAGAGGCUUGUGAGAGUAGGAGAUGGAAACUGGCAACGGUAAUCAAUGAAGAAACUCUUCGUCUCAUACGGCAUCACAUGGAUUAUGGUAAAAGAUCCAAUUACAAGUACUGGGUAAACGUUGAUCCUAGGUUUAAUGAGUCAUUUGACGAAUCUUGGUGUGCCUAUGUAUAUUCCGCGUCACCGACUGGAAAUAUUGGAUAUUAUGACGAUAGCCAAUGUUCAAAUAACUACGGAUACAUCUGUGAGUACGAAGCAUUGAAUACGACAUCUUGUAAUGCCCUUGUCACACCAAGAAACGCCUAUAGAACAGGUACAAGUCGAGCAGUUGGGAGCACUGUAACGUUCAGAUGCUUCCCCGGAUAUACUCCCUAUCCAUUCAGAUCGUCAAGGACUUUCACAAGACAGUGUCUCGACAAUGGAGAAUGGGAUGGUGUCACCCCGUUUUGUCGAAUUAUUCCCAUACUACCAACAAGACCUCCCAGGCCUGCCGUUACCACUACUACACCAGUUCCUACAACUACAAUGCCAAUGUUUGAAAUAGGCAAAAGUG